AUGAGUUCUCCUGUAAUAAAUCAAGACAUGAUCCUAGAGAUUCUCUCUCGUUUUAUGGCUUCAGAUAUUGGAAAAUCCAGGCUUCUUGACAAAGAGUGCAACAAGAGAAGCUAUGAGUCUUGGUUUCUCAACCUCAAUCGCGAUAGAACCAAUUCUAUAUCCGGUUACUUUGCGCAAUACAAUGGAGGAGGAUACAACAAUCAAACCAGCUUUGUCCAUGAGAAGAGAGUUUCUGAAAACAACGAAGUCUCAAUCGAUUUUCUACCACCGAGAAAAGUAAAGAUUGAAGCUUGCGAUGCAAGUCAUGGGAUUUUGCUGUGUGUUAAUGAAACAGGACCAAGUGUGCCGGAGUACAUAGUCUGCAAACCAACCACAAAACAGUAUCAGAUCAUACCUAACCCAACGAUACAGAAUUGCGCUGUCUCAUUCGGUUUAGCAGUAAACCAAUUGAAACCUUUCCGGUAUAAAAUACUUAGGCUUUCUAGGUUACCGGGUAUACUGAAUCGGAGUCAUAGAACUUUCGUCUGUGAAGUUUUCGAUUCCGAUUCGUUUAAGUGGAAGAGGAUAAAGAAUUUGCGUCUACCAAGAAAAGACGGUCUUAUUCCUUCAAACCCGGUACAUGCUACUAGAUUCUUGCACUGGUUAUCAUGGGACGACAAUGUGAUUCGGUUCUGUCUCAAAACUGAAACGUGGUCUUUCCUUAAAACUCCUAAAUUUGGUGUUUCUCCAACAUUGGUCAGAUACGAAGGGAAGCUAGGUGUUAGCCGUUGGUGGAUGACGGGUUCAAGAGAGGAAUUAAACCGGUUAUGGGUUUUGAAGAGCAGUUUUGAAAAGUCGUGGGUAAAAGUGAAAGAUAUUAAACGGAUGGGGAUAGGAGAAAACGUGUUGUGGACUCCAAGCAACGACAUAGUAACGCUUUCAAGCUGGGAUCGUCUUUGUUUGUACAACGUAAACACAGAGAAACUGAACAUGAUUCACAUAAAAAAGGAACGCACCAAUUAUGUUUGGUUCCCGUUUUGUUCUGACUACGAGAGGGUUGAUAUGGAUGAAAGCAGAGAACUGCCACUGAGUCAAAAGCCAAUAGGACAACCUAGUCCUACUUUUUAUAAGCCUUUGAUGGAGCAAUUCAGACAAAUUGGGGAGGUUCUUGGAAGCUUAAAUGCGCUUAUGGUAUUACAAGACGAUAUCUUGAUCAAUCAAAGACAAUGCUGUUUGUUGUUAGAGAUUUUCAGUUUGGCUUUCAACACCGUAGCCGAAGAUAUACGUCAAAACUUGAAGCUUGAAGAGAAGCAUUCCAAAUGGAGAGCCCUUGAACAGCCUUUGAGAGAGCUCUACAGAGUGUUUAAAGAAGGCGAAAUGUAUGUUCGAAGUUGCAUGUCCAAUAAAGAUUGGUGGGGCAAAGUGAUUAACUUUCAUCAGAACAAAGAUUGUGUUGAGUUUCACAUACACAACUUGUUCUGUUACUUCCCAGCCGUGAUCGAAGCCAUCGAAACAGCUGGAGAAAUUUCUGGUCUUGACCCUUCUGAGAUGGAGAGAAGGAGAGUUGUGUUCUCGAGAAAGUAUGAUAGAGAGUGGAAUGAUCCUAAGCUGUUUCAAUGGAGGUUUGGGAAACAGUAUCUGGUUCCCAAGGAUAUUUGUAACCGCUUUGAGCAUUCAUGGAGAGAGGACAGAUGGAAUCUAGUGGAGGCGUUACAGCAGAAGAGAAAGUCCAAGAGCGAUGAGAUUGGGAAGACAGAAAAGCGUUUAGCUGACUUUCUGCUGAAGAAAUUAACCGGUUUGGAACAGUUUAACGGUAGGCUCUUCCCGAGUUCGAUACUUGUUGGCUCCAAAGAUUACCAAGUGAGGAGGAGACUAGGCGGUGGUGGUCAGUACAAGGAGAUUCAAUGGUUAGGUGAUUCCUUUGUGUUGAGACAUUUCUUCGGUGAUCUUGAGCCGUUGAACGCAGAGAUAUCUUCUCUGUUAUCGCUAUGUCAUUCGAAUAUACUUCAGUAUCUUUGUGGAUUCUAUGAUGAAGAGAAGAAAGAAUGUUCACUGGUUAUGGAGUUAAUGCACAAAGACUUGAAAAGCUACAUGAAGGAGAAUUGUGGACCUAGAAGAAGAUAUCUCUUCUCUGUUCCCGUUGUGAUUGAUAUCAUGCUUCAAAUCGCGAGAGGCAUGGAGUAUCUUCAUUCAAAUGAGAUCUUCCAUGGAGACUUGAAUCCAAUGAACAUUCUUUUGAAAGAGAGAAGUCACACUGAAGGUUACUUCCACGCCAAGAUAUCCGGUUUCGGUUUAACCUCAGUGAAAAAUCAGUCUUUUACUCGAGCUGCACCUAGACCAACCACUCCUGAUCCUGUGAUUUGGUAUGCACCUGAGGUUCUAGCGGAGAUGGAACAAGACCUUAAAGGUAUAACAGUUCCUAGAUCAAAGUUUAGUCAUAAAGCUGAUGUGUAUAGCUUUGCUAUGGUGUGUUUUGAGCUUAUAACUGGUAAAGUACCGUUUGAAGAUAGUCAUCUACAAGGGGAUACGACGGGUAAGAACAUAAGAAAUGGAGAGAGACCUCUCUUCCCAUUCCCUUCUCCUAAAUACCUAGUUGGUCUUAUCAAACGGUGUUGGCACUCAGAACCUAGCCAGCGUCCUACUUUCUCUUCCAUAUGCCGAAUACUACGCUACAUAAAGAAGUUCUUAGUUGUGAAUCCAGAUCAGGGUCACAUUCAAAUCCAAACUCCUCUUGUUGAUUUUUGGGACUUGGAAGCAAGAUUCUUGAGAAAGUUCUCACUCGAGGAAUCCGUGAUGCAGAUACCGUUCCAGCUUUACUCAUACAAGGUUGCAGAGAAAGAAAAGAUGAGUCCAAACUUGAACAAAGAAGAGAGUUCUGAGUCUGCUUCAGAAAGCGUUUCGGAUCCACCAACAACGCCAGUGUAUACAAAGUCAUUGUGCUUAGAUGCAAUAUCUGAGUACUCAGAGUCAGAUAAUAGAUCAGUUUACUCUGAAGCUCCCUUGAAAAAGAACUCAUCAGGUUUAAAGAAAAGUGGCGACAUGGCCAAACUCAGAAGAAACUCAAGCACGGGUUUACGGUCUGCAGGAUCAUCGCCUAUAAAGCCAAGACCAGCACCGAAAGUGUCAUUACCGCUAAGUCCAUUUGGAAGAAACAGCAAACCAAGGAAGGAUACAAGACUGCCUUUGAGUCCCAUGAGCCAUGGAAGACGUAGACAUCUCUCUGGUCCGGCUUCAGACUCUGAGCUAACAUAG